CCGCUCCACCGCGCCGCAAAACAUGUCUCUCCUGCUGGACAACCAAUUCAAAGAGCUGCCUCCCGACAAGGCGAUAGACACCAAGUUGUUCCUGGAGACCGUCUCUCACAUUCCUUCAUUCUUCGACUGCUUGGGAUCAAACGUAUUUUCAGUCAUCAAAUCCGACAUUAAUGGCAAUAUCGUGAAAAUUAAAGCGGUGUACCUGAAGGAUCCUGCAAAGUACGUCACCCUGCAGGACAUCGUGGAGGCUGAGCGAGAAGCCCAUCCGGCAGAGUGGCCUAAAGUCGGAGCAACAUUGGCUCUGAUGUGGCUGAAAAGGGGGCUCCGUUUUAUACAAAUCCUGCUGCAGAGUUUGGCAGAUGGAGAGAGGGAUGAGGAGAACCCGAACCUGAUUCGGGUUAAUGUCACCAAAGCAUAUGAACAGGCGCUGAAGAAAUACCAUGGCUGGCUGGUUCAAAAGAUUUUCAUUGUGGCGUUGCAUGCAGCUCCCUACAAAUCCAACUUCCUCAAGGCUCUGUCAAAAGGAGAGGAAGUGAAAGAGGAGGACUGUUUGGCAAAUGUGCGUCAGUUCCUCGUUACUUACACUGUCACCGUAGACGCCGUCUACGACAUGUACUCGAACCUGAACGCUGAGCUGGACUACACUGUGUGAGGUCCUCUUCAGUUCAGUUUUUAAUAAGAUUGUUUUUAUUUUUUCCUUUCAGUGUGAUAUUUAUUACUUUCAUUAUAUCUUACUAAAUAUUACUAGUGUAUAUUUAGUCUUCAAAAUAUGAAAUUGCCUUAAAUUCAAGCUAACAUUAUAGCAGAAGAUUAUGUUUGUGUUCCUCUAUAACAUUUCAAAUAAUUGCAGGGUUGUUACAGCAACAGUGCAGCUCUCACUCUUAUGCAAAAUGAAGGUAUUGUGUGUGUGUGUGUGUGUGUUGUGGCUUUAUUUCUGACAACAACGGGUGUCUUUUCACCUGUUCCAUCAAGUGAAGAAUACAAGACUAAACAUUAUGACAGGAAACCUUUUCUGUUCAUAUUCUGAUGUCUCUGCCUCUUGACCCUCGGCGUUGCCUCCACGGUUGACCCGGAGCAGCGGCCAAGAGUACAUUUUAAAAAAUGAUUUAAAUUGUGCAUUGAUCCACUUGUGCCUUGAUUUAAUUGUACAAAUAAACAUC